AUGAGCAACCUAAUCGAGCUGGACUCGCUCUCAAUCCUCGCAAUAAUCGACAACGAACUCGACCCCAUCACCCCCUCUCAAAACGCCGCCGUGCAACAAACCCGCAACCUCAAAACCAUCGGCCUCAACGGCCCUACUGCGUCCAACCCAGAUCGCCAUGUCCUGCGAAUGGACAACAUCUGCUGCAGCGCCCACGGCCUCUCGCUCAUGAUCACCGGUGUCAAGGACGGGAAAGAGCACACCAUCUUAUUUGAUACGGGGCCCGAGGAGUCGGCGUGGGAGCGAAAUGCUACGCGCUUGAGAGCGGAUAUUGCGAAGAUUGAGGCGAUUCAGUUGAGUCAUUGGCAUCGCGAUCAUUCUGGGGGUAUGUUGAGAGUACUGCGGAUGAUUGACGAGGCUCGAAGGAAUGGGGACUCUACGCACGCCACGUUACCCGCUGUUCGAGUUGACUUGCAUCCCGCUAGACCGGAUCUACGAGGGAUGCAGCCUUCAGAUGCGUCGAUAAUCUCCUUCGAACCUGAUCCUACCUUUCGCGAAGUCGAGGAAGCGGGUGGCUUAGUGCACAAGAGUGAUCAAUCGCAUACCGUGCUUGACGACUACUUCUUGAUUUCCGGAGAGAUUCCGCGAGUCAUGCCGUACGAGAAAGGUCUGAGAGCUGGAGUGCGAUACGAUGAAGCGGUGGGCAAGUGGCAGACGGACACGACGAUUACCGACGAGCGCUUCCUCAUGUGCAAGCUGAAAGAUCGUGGGAUUGUCGUUUUCACGGGCUGCAGUCACGGCGGCGUUGUGAACUGCUCGAGACACGCUAUUGAUCUGGGCAAGGGCACGCCGCUCUACGCAGUGAUGGGCGGCUUCCACUUGGCGGAUGCGGAGGACAAGCAGAUCGAGGACACGGCGCAGGACUUGAAAGCCCUAGGCAUCUCGGUGCUACUCCCGGGACAUUGCACGGGUUGGCGGAGCAAGUUUGAGCUGCAUCGAGUCUUUCCUGCAAAGAGUCUUGUGCCGAGUUUUGUGGGCGGUCAAUACGUUCUCUGA